AUGUCCAAGCCACCGCCAAAGAAAAAAGAGUCUUCCUCCAGCAGAGUGACUUCAUCCCUCGGGCAGUCGCCGAGCAAGGAAGCAGUGUCCCAAGUUCUCAGUGCCUCUGGGAGCCUAGUGGAUCUGAGGAGAUCCAAAUUCCCCAUUUGGCCUGAGUGGAAUGAGUCAGAGGUCAAUGGUGAGAAAUGGGACGCAGCCAAAGGACCCAAAGAGGGAAAGUCGAGCAAGAGCCCCAUUGCUCCUUUCUUUGACGAUCCUGAGGGAAAAAUUAGUCUCCCUUCAUCCUUGCAAGUGCACUCUUGGAAGCGCCCUUCGGAGUUCAUUGUCAACAAGGGUCCUGCAGUUGUUGAGAACGAAAUGACCUUUGACCUGAUCUCCUCCAAUCAUCAUCUGAUUUGCAGUGAGCUGAUGAGGUGGAUCAUCAGUGAGAUCUAUAUUGUUUGGAAGCUGUGUAACAGUGCAUCAGGAGAGCAAAAUGGCUGGAAACCCUGGGAGCACAUCUACUCACUGUGUAAGGUGGUGAAAGGUCAUAUGCCCCUGUACAACAUCUAUGGAAAGUACGUGGUCAGACUUUACUGGAUGGGUUGCUGGAGGAAGGUGAUGAUAGAUGAUGCCAUGCCGUUUGAUGUGGACAACAACCUGCUUCUCCCUGCUUCCACUAACCAGUCAGAGUUAUGGCCAAUGCUGUUGUCUAAGGCUCUCAUUAAAGUGGCCAACACAGAUGCAGUGUCAGAACUCAGGAAGGAGAUGAGUGAGUUCACCUUCAUCCACACCCUCACCGGCUGCAUCCCAGAGAUCUUUCCUAUACAAUCCAGAUACAUAGGAAAGGUCUGGGAAAUCUUGGAAGACACCAUUCCCAAAUUUACACAUCCACAUGAGAGUUUAUCAGAGGUGAAGCCCCAGGCUGCAGAGUCCACUGAAGGGGGGGGCUCCUGCAUGAGUCUCUGCAAGAGUUCAGAAAAUAAAAAAGGGAAGGAAGGUGAUAAGGAUAAGAAGACUAAUGGAUUUUCCUCACCUCAUCAUAGUUGUGUAGACCAGUCUGCUGCAGAGAGUACACACCCUCCUGUCCCCAAGAUGGUGGUAUGUGCCAGCUUGCACCCUCUUCAGCUGCUGGAUAACAAGACCUUUGUGUUUGGUCAGAUGGUGGAUUCCUCUAAGAAUUUAGGGCAGUGCCCUCUUUCCCAGCUGUACAGUCACAUUGUGCUGCUGACCAGGACUCGGGCAUGCCCGCUGGAGCCCCCACCCAAACCACCCACUGUGCCCCGUUGGAAACUCAUCCGCCCUCGCAAGGAGACCAUGGUCAUCAACAAAUCUCAGGAACUCCCUGUGCUGAAACCAGAACAAUUCAUUGAGGUCUCGAGCCCUUUCCUUUCCUACCACGUGAAGAGUAGCAUGGGGCCAGUCCUAAACCUGGAGGCCAAGCAGGACAAUCAAAGGAAGGAUUCCUGCAACUCUGCUCUGGUGUCCUUUGCUGAGAAAGAGGAGAGUGAAAGCCGAGAGGGCGUUGAGGCUGAUGCAGCUGAACCCAACAGAAACUCACCAAACACCACUGACAGCAUAGAGGUUACUACAGAGGACAGGAAGAAGGACGAUGAUGCUGUCUCCAAUGAUCAGCCUGAAAUGAUGACCAAGGAGCCCAAACCCCAGGACCUCUCAGUUCUGGACAAACCCAUGCUGCAGGAGACCUGGGUGGCCCUGGACGACUUUGCUAAUUGCUUCAAGACUCUCUUGGUGUUCCAUAAGCCACAAACAUAUCCACACCAUGUCCAGAAAUCUAAUUUUAAGUGUCCAGAGGAGAGAGGCUCUCACUACCUGUACGUGGACAGCCUGCAACCUUCGCAGGUCCUCAUCAGCUUCUCUGCUCUGAUACGCUGGGGAGAGAGAGCUGAGGACACGAAGGAGUCCUCAGCAGCAUGUCAGUCUGCAGUCCUCCUUGCCCAGCCGUACUCCUGGAAGAGCCUGCAGUCUCAGCUGCCAGUCCUCCACAUCCAGACCACCUCCCACAAGGCAACCCAGCUCACCUUAGCUCCCGGGCGCCAUGUGCUGCGUGUCCACACAAGGGCAGCGCUGGGCUACCAAGUCAACCUGUGCAGCGAGACGCCUUUUGUCUUUGGAGAUGAAGAAACUGUCAUGCCACACCUCACCAAGGAAAGUGAGCGUUUCAGUGAGCAGGCCUCGUUCAUCCUUAGGGCCCUGGUCAGAUUGGUGGCCUCCUUCAGUGAUGAGCAGGAGCAGCCAGUAGCCAGGAGGGCGCUGGAGGAGGCCUACUGUCCCAAAAACAUCAACACCACCACAGGAAGAUGGGAACACCACAGGGUGUUUAACAGGGCAGUGUACCACAUGCUGUGCAAUGCCUUGGACAGGAAGAUGACAGCAGAGGAGCGGUUUGCUGUGCAGGCCCUCACCGCCAACCCCUCACUCUUCAGUACUGACACCAAGGAGCACUCCCCGAUAUUGGAAGCUGUGUCAGAGCCUCCGAAGGGCUGGAGAAAAAGGCAGCCAACAGCCAGUGAGAUCCAGGCAGUCACCAUCAUCCAAGCUGGCCUCAAAGGACACUUGGCACGAGAGGUCCUUAAUGCCUCAAAACCUGGCACAAAGAAGAAUCUGAGUGCAUCAAAGACCCUUUCAGACAUGUGGCUGAGUGUUGAAUCAGACACUGAGAAACAUGCUGUCUUCUUGCUAAGGUAUAUCCUCAGCCACUCUGAGAAGACAGCAGAGCUCUACCCAUGUCAGCAGGAUGAGUGGACCAGAAUUGCCUUCGCUGAUUACUCUGUUCCUUUCCCUGACACAGCCAACUCCUGGGUCUUGAUUUUUAGACAGGUGUUCCUGGUCCCUAAGGAUAUGCUGCUGGUAGCAAAGGUCUACUCCCCUGUCCCCUGUUGCCUGCUCCACAUCAUUAAUAAUGACACAGGAAAGGAGCUAUGCAAGGUUUUCAACAAAGUAGCUCCCUAUGUCUUUGAAACCAAUAAGCUUGGCUAUACCUUUGUAGCAGAAGCAUUCACACCUGAAACACCCCUUGUUGGUGCCAAGUGGAGGAUGCGCCUGAUUGGCUCAAGGGAACCCCUUCCACAGCUGGCCUGUGAGACUCCUCUCAGCAGCUUCUCAGUGAAGGAAUUCUGCGAUUAUUACAUUCCCAAUGACAAAGACAUCAUAUGUCGCUACUCUGUCAAGGUGACAGCCGACCACCUGGGAACAAUACAGUUCCAGACAUCCAAGCCAGACGUGAUCAUCUGUCUGUCCAUACUGGACCAUGAGAAGAAGGUGGCCAGUAACACAGGACAGGGCCAUGUGAUCAUUCCUGUGUUCCACUUCCAGUCCAACAGAGCUCCCAGCUGCACAACUGCCAGUGCUGAGAAGAACCAGAAGGGAUCCCCCAACCAGGACAAUGGGGUCGAGGCGACAGGCACUCCCCAGCAAGGAGAGGGGGAGGAGAGCACCACUGACCAAACAGACUCCUGCCCUGACCAGAAGCAGCCUCCCAUGGAGACUAUGGGUCAUAAAUACAUUGUGCAGGCAGAGGUGCUUCAUAAGAGCUGGGCUCUAGAUGAACCUCAGCUGGCCUUUGUCCAGAUGCUCAGAGACUUGGAAAAUAAUGAAAGAAAAGCCAGUGCGGAGACCAAUGAUGGGCGCAAAUCUUCUACAAACAAAUCUAAUCGCAAAGGCAAAGGCGAAAAGGAGAGGGAGAGACCAGGAGCUAUCUCCAAACCCGGCCUCAGGCACGAUGCGAGCUCGGAUCUGACCAAGCCUCUCUGGACGCUGUGUGUGGUCAGCGAUCAGAGCAAAAGCAAGAGCAUUGAGGUGAAGAAGGACACAGAGAGAAUAGACAAGAUCAAGGCCAUAAAACAGGCCUGGGAAAUGGCAGAGCCUGGCCGCUCUGUCAAGGCCUUAAAGUCACGUCAGACAUUUCUCAACCAUGUCCAACAUGGAGUGAGUGGUGACACACCUGUCGGUGACUCAGAGAGCAAAGAGCCUGCUACUUCCCAGCUUUCUCCCGGCUCGUCCAGUCACGAGUUGCCUGUCGCGCUGCCCAGUCUCCCACAGUCACAUGUUCCCAUGGACUACACUCCUUUCAUCAGAUGCCAAAAGGAUUUUCCAGUGAUGAAGGACCCAGAGGUAGAGGAGGCCCAGCAGAGGGCACGCUCGGAAAAGAUCCAGGCCUUCCGGCUGCUCCGGGAAACUGUGCUGGAGCACCGCAAACAGGAGGCAGUCAACAGGAAGGGGCUGAAGAGACGCCAGCGGGAGAUUUAUGAGGACAUGCAGUAUAAGAAAAUCCUUGCUGUUCGUGAGGCAUUCCAUGGCCAUCCUGCCAUGAUGAAGAAACAAGAGAAACAAACACUUGAGGAUGGCCAGCAGGCAGACGAAGAGAAAACAGCUGCCACUGUUGCUGCCACCCAGCAGCCCGCCAAACCACCCAAGAGUGCUGGCAAGAAGAAGUGAUGGCCACUGGCUCACCUUCACUUCUCCGAAGCCACCGCCUCUCAGCAUGAUGGGGAUCUCAGCUUGUCUCAACACUGUAAAGAUCUCAAUUCAGUCACAACGUUGCAACAUA